UUUUCCUUCUUUUCUUCCUCAACCGCGUGUUUCUGCUAUUUUCCUUCUCCCCUGCACCAAACAAACAUCCAGCCAAGCCCGACAACACCCCACUUGGAAAAAACCGAAUUUUCGGAUUUGCUCUGUUCUCCUUGCCCCUGUCCGCGAGCUGCUCUUGCCGGUGAGAGUGCUUUUGGUUUUCUGUUCCUCUCCAAGAUCCCGCCAGCCUUCCCACCGCCAGCUCCAAUUUCUUUGCUUGCUGAAUUUUCUGGUAUGUGACAACUCUUUUAAGUCCAAAUUUCAUCUAAUUGGUGGUUGCCUUGCUGAAUUUGGUCCUUGUUGUGGCUGCUCUGUGUUGUCCGAAUUUUGUUGGAAAUAUGGGGGAAUUUCAGUAGCUUUAAGUGGGUUUUGUUUAGAUUAAGUGGAAAUUAGCUUGAGUAAUUGUUGUGAAAUUGUCUAGAGAAAAUUUCGUGUGUUAGCCACUAGAUUGCCAAAACCGGUUCUUCCAUUUUUGUUGUCUGUGGGAUUAGGGAGCUAUGUGUAUAUAUAUAUAUAUAUAUAUAUUCUGGUAGUUUUCAUAUGAUUAUUAAUUCUGGAAUAUUUUGGCUAGGUUCUUGAUUAUUCUAUCACCCUAGCUCUUGGAGUGAGUUUUCUGCUUUAUGCGAUUGAGGUAAGUAAAAUUAUGGUAACGCCCUUUGAUUUUAAAACAUAUUUUAACUUGCUUUUGAAAUGGUGGUGGGACUAAACCCGUUUUACACAAAUAUGAGCAUGACUGAUUUGAAAUGAAAUUAUUAUGUUUUCCAUUGAAUUGAGCAUGCCUACUUGAAGUUUAUUUAACUGCCCUGAUGAUCUGGAAAUGAUGUGUAAAGUAUGGUUUUUCUGUUAACUUCCGCUUGUUUUGUCUCCGAUGUGGUCAUGUUAUUAGUGACCCUGUUAGUGGGGGUUUAUAAACACUUGCACAUGUUGACAUGUUAUUGAUAGAACCGGUUCGUUCGAGUGACCCUGCUAGUGGGGGUUAUACACCAGCAAAUAAUGCGCCUACCAGUGGGUGGUUUAUAACACUGGCCAUGACCUAUAGAGGAGAUGUCUAUUUCGUUCCCGUACUAUAUCUGUUUUUCGUGAUUACACUUGUUGGCAUGCUAUAAGUUUAAUAAGGGGCACUCCAUAUUUUACUUACUGAGUUUAUCUCAUAGUUUUCCUUGUCCACCAUUUCAGGUAGUGAGACCCGACGCAUUGGGAGCCCGAGGUAGUGAUGAGCUAGACUACUAGGCAUUUUUGAACUUGGAUUUUUGUAGUUAGGCCGCUAGUCACCCAUGCUUGACAUAGAAAUUUUGUGUACAGAGCUUCCUUAGUUUUAGUCAUGAUUGUAUAUAUGAAAUUAUAAAUUUUGUACAUCUUGACCGGUAAAUAUUUGGUAAAUAAAAAGGUUUAGAUUUG